AAGUAUAAACGAGUGGUUUUUGAAUGGAAAAACUUUAAAUCCUAUGUACUUCGAAGAACCAUAGCAAUUGUUUGAUUGAAUCUCUGAUACUCGAACGUAAAACAUCACUGGCAAACGACGAAGAAGAAGAGUCAGGCUGUUAAACAAUUUAGUGCAUUCAACCAUACAGUCAAGACGAAAGUAAAGUUUACCGCAAAUUGAAGUCAAGGUCGAACUAAAAGAGAGUGACAUUAAAGGAAAAGUGAUGUCUUCAAACUCAAGUGAAAAUGGGACAAACUUCAGUAUUAAUGCAACCCUUCUUGAUGUUCAAAUUGCAUUUCUCAUAGCUACGAUAAUAAUGUCGGUUCUAGGAAACACAUUGGUUAUUAUGGCAAUAUACUUCGACAGACGUCUAAGAACAAUAAACAACUAUUUCGUGGGUUGCCUUGCAGUUUCAGAUAUUCUUGUUGCUUUAAUCAGUGUACUAAUUCGUACACUAAUUUUACUCAACAUAAGGAAGCCAUUUUCUGAAAACCUAGUUGGCAUGCCAUUGUGUAGAUUUUUGAUCUGGAUGGAUACUUUCAGUGAAUCAGCUUCUACCUUCACUCUAAUACUUAUAAGUAUUGAACGUUAUUUCAAAAUAUGUCAGUCGUUUCUUCACCGCGAGAGGAUGACAAACAGAUUUGCGAAAUACGCAAUUGUCAUUCUAUGGAUAAUAGCAGCGUUGCCUGCAAGUCUUGCCAUGGUGCCUUUUGGAGAUAAAGGAAUCACCAUUAGCGGAAAUCAUUGCCUUAGUGAAAAUAAGGUCUUCUAUUUAUGGCAUCAGUCCUUUUUCUUUCUUCCUUUAUUAGUAUACAUUGUGAUUUUCACUAUAAUAUUUUACACUAUAUGUAAUCCUUCCCAACAAUUUCAUGAGACAAGGUUUCUGAAUUCUGGUACCAGGCAAAAUGAUCAAUACCCAAGCAGUGAUGAAGUCAAAACCACAAAAACUAUGUUUAUUGUUGCCAUUGCAUUCGUAGUUUGUUGGGGACCAUUUUUCAUUCUUCUUAUGUUAAUUCAAUAUCGACCUCGAACCUUUAGGAAUUUAGGAAAGAAAUGGCCCAUUUUGAGAGUCGUUUUUCUCUCAAUCCUCCCAAGCGCAAACAGCUUUUUCAAUCCCAUCAUCUACGCUUGCUUUGAUAAUAGUUACCGAAGGGCAUUCAAAAUAACUCUUCUAAAGAUGAUUGGCUGCUUUGGAAGUCGUACGAAUUUCGGAGACUUAAACCAAAGGAGAGAAGGUCCUUCCUGGCAUGAAAUGUAUCCAAAUCCUCGUAUCUCCAUAAAGAUAACAAGUCCCAGUUCGACAACACCUGAAAACACCACAUCCUCAACAGAGCUCAAUGAUAGUCGAGGAAUUGGAAAUAGUUUAAGUGUACCAAGAUAACGAAAUGGAGAAUGGCAACAUGAUAUAAACACUAAGGAUAGAAAUUACAAUGAAACUCUGUAGUGAUUUAUAGUAUAAAAUAAAAAUUUAUUAACAGCAUGUCUUGACCGUUAGUAUACUUACAAAGUGUUAAUAUACAGUUCAGUGUGACUGUCAUUGCUA